UCUAUCUAUCCAGCUGCCCCUGCCUCUGCAGAAGCACGCAGGCAUACACAUAGACAAAACGCGAAAUCACACGCACGCGUGCGCAUUCGGCACACGCGUACAAGCUCCCUCUCUCACACACACAUAGGCUACACGUGCACGACGAGAGAGAGAGAGAGAGAGAGAGACUUUGGGAGCGGGUCCCAUGCACGGUUUGCAUGCUCCCGGAUCUUCUACUGUAGUAGUCAACGUGCAUGUGCGUCUAUGUGUGCGUCCGGCGGCUGCUCACCUGCCUCUUCCUCUCCUCGCCCGGGACAGGAAUAACGGGAUACCGGGAGCUCUAAACACACGGAGGCAGGUUGAGCCCCCACAAUGCGCGGGGCGAGCAGAGAUUGCAGUGGAGAAUCAGCGGUAUAGGCGCACACACAAUGAAGAUUGGAUUACAACAACAGUGAUUUUAUUCGCAGCUGCGUGCCCGCGAAGUACUAAAACAAGGGGAUUUCAUUCAGUUUUUUUUUUUGGACACGGUGGAAAUAAUUAAUUGCCAGAGAUUCCGUGAUUUUUAUUUAUUUUUUCUUCUUGUGCAGUGUUUGUGAGUGUGAUCCCAUAUCGCAGGCUGCAUGGUUUCUCAGAGGAGAGAGGGGACUGUUGCAAUGUCAUCUCACAUCACUAUUUUGGAGCUCUGUGGAAGGGAGAUGCUGGGAUGAAGUGGUUUGGCAUUAUGUCCCUCAGCAGCAAAAGGAGUAAGAGGAGUAGAAGGAGCGGCAGUUGCAGCAGUAGCAGCGGUAGUAAUAGUGUGCUGCUGUCCUUGACUCUCCUGGUGGCGGUGACCCUGAUUGCGGACCCUGUGGCGGCUCAAAAGCAGCGAACUGGCAGUGCCUCGGAAAAAGUGCCGGUCCUGAACAUUGCGGUGAUCCUGGGACGCACACGCUACAUCUCAGAGCGGGACAUCCGGGCACUGUGGAGCAAGGAGGACCCCAUCGACGUCAACGUGGUCACACUGCUGGUCAAUGAGACCGACCCGAAAAGCAUCAUCACCCACAUGUGCGACCUGAUGUCCGGGACAAAGAUCCACGGUGUGGUGUUUGGGGAUGGCACCGACCAGGAGGCCAUCGCCCAGAUUUUGGAUUUUAUUUCCUCGCAGACGCUCAUACCCAUCCUGGGCAUCCACGGAGGCUCGUCCAUGAUCAUGGCUGAUAAGGAUGUGAAGUCGACAUUCUUCCAGUUCGGUGCCUCCAUCCAGCAGGAGGCUCUGCUGAUGCUGAACAUCAUGGAGGAGUAUGACUGGCACAUCUUCUCCAUUGUCACAUCGAAGUUCCCCGGCUACCAGGAGUUCAUCAACAUCCUAAAACUUACCGUGGACAACAGUUUUGUGGGCUGGGACCUGCAGAAUAUCAUUAUUCUUGACGCGGUGGAGGAAGACAGCCGGUCUCAGAUCAUGCUCAAGAAGGUCCAGUCCCCAGUGGUCCUGCUCUACUGCUCCAAGGAUGAGGCGGUGUACGUCCUGGAGGAGGCUCGCUCCCUGGGCCUCACCGGAUUUGGAUACAUCUGGAUUGUGCCGUCGCUCACCACUGGGAACCCGGAAAUAACACCCGAAGAGUUUCCGCCGGGAAUGAUUUCAGUGUCAUACGACGACUGGGACUACCCGCUGGAGGCGCGAGUUCGGGACGGUCUGGGGAUCAUAACGUCAGCAGCGGCAGCCAUGUUGGAGGAGUAUGGCGACAUCCCUGAAGCGAAGACAUCCUGUUACGGCCAGAUGGAGAAGACAACCAAGCUGCCACCCAGUGCACUACAUAAGUACAUGAUGAAUGUGACAUGGGAUGGCAGAGACUUGUCAUUCACAGAAGACGGCUACCAGGAAUACCCAAAGCUGGUGGUCAUUGUUCUCAACAAGGAAAGAGAGUGGGAGAAGAUGGGGAAACUGGACAACCGCAGCCUGACGCUAAAGUACCCAGUGUGGCCGCGCUUCAACUCCUUCGGUGAUGCCGAGCUCGAUGACAACCACCUGUCCAUCGUCACGUUAGAGGAGAAACCUUUUGUUAUUGUGGAGGACGUAGAAAGGCUCACCGGUACCUGCAUGAGGAACUCCGUGCCCUGCAGGAAGCAUAUCAAAGACAACACAACAGAGGCUGGUGGGACAUACAUCAAGAAGUGCUGCAAGGGCUUCUGCAUCGAUAUUCUGAAAAAGAUUGCCAAGUAUGUAAAGUUCACCUAUGACCUGUACCUGGUAACCAAUGGCAAGCAUGGCAAGAAGAUCAACAAUGUCUGGAAUGGGAUGGUGGGAGAGGUGGUCUAUAAGAAAGCCGUCAUGGCCGUCGGAUCUCUGACGAUCAAUGAGGAGCGUUCUGAGGUCAUCGAUUUCUCCGUCCCGUUCGUGGAAACCGGGAUCAGCGUCAUGGUCUCCCGUAGCAACGGAACGGUCUCCCCGUCAGCCUUUCUAGAGCCAUUCAGUGCAUCAGUGUGGGUGAUGAUGUUUGUGAUGCUCCUACUGGUGACUGCAAUGGCUGUCUUCAUGUUUGAAUACAUCAGUCCUCUUGGCUUUAACAGAAACCUGGCGCAGGGAAGAGACCCUCAUGGCCCUUCCUUUACCAUGGGCAAGGCUGUGUGGCUGCUGUGGGGUCUGGUCUUCAACAAUUCUGUGCCAGUGCAGAACCCUAAAGGAACUACCAGUAAGUUCAUAGUGUCUGUGUGGGCCUUCUUCGCUGUCAUCUUCCUGGCCUCCUACACUGCCAACCUGGCUGCCUUCAUGAUCCAGGAAGAGUUUGUUGAUCAAGUCACCGGGCUUUCCGACAACAAGUUUCAGAACCCGUACGCAUACUCGCCUCCGUUCCGUUUCGGGACGGUUCCAAACGGAUCCACAGAGAGGAACAUCAGGAAGAACUACCCCGCUAUGCACCAGUACAUGGUAAAAUAUCAUCAAACCGGAGUCGUGGACGCACUUGUCAGCCUCAAAACGGGGAAACUGGAUGCCUUCAUCUAUGAUGCUGCAGUGUUGAACUACAUGGCCGGCAGAGAUGAGGGAUGUAAGCUGGUGACCAUUGGCAGCGGGUACAUCUUUGCUACCACCGGUUACGGCAUUGCUCUACAGAAAGGCUCCUAUUGGAAACGACAGGUGGAUCUGGCUAUCCUGGCCAUCAUCGGAGACGGUGAAAUGGAGGAACUAGAAGCCCAGUGGCUGACAGGAAUUUGCCACAACGAGAAGAAUGAGGUGAUGUCCAGUCAGCUUGAUGUGGACAACAUGGCUGGGGUCUUCUACAUGCUGGCCACGGCCAUGGGGCUCUCCCUCAUCACCUUUGUGUCUGAGCAUCUCUUCUAUUGGAGGCUUAGAUAUUGCUUCACUGGGGUUUGCACCGGCACACCAGGUCUUCUCUUCUCCAUCAGUAGGGGAAUCUGGAGUUGCAUCCAUGGAGUCCACAUUGACAUGAAGAAAAAGUCAGAUCUGGACUUUAGCCCCCAGGACAAAAUGCUUAAGCUCAUUAAAUCAGCAAAACAGAUGACCAACAUGUCUAACCUGAGUGGCUCCCGCAUGAACUCACCCAAACGUGAGUUCAUGCACUCAGCUGGUCCCAUGAUCAUGGACAUGAUGGCAGAGAAGGGCAACUUUAUCUAUGCUGACAACCGCAGCUAUGCUCCAAAAGAUAUGAUCUAUGGGGACACUGGUGACCUGCAGUCUUAUCUUGCUAACCGCCACAAAGACCACCUUAACAACUACAUCUUCCAGGGUGGCCAGCAUCCUCUGACCCUAAAUGAUGCCAAUCCCAACACAGUAGAGGUGGCAGUGAGUGCUGACUCAGUCCAGACCAAUGCCAAGCCGCCCCGGACCCUGUGGAAAAAGUCAGUGGACACACUUCGUUCAGGGCCUCCUGGGCCCCCUCCGAUGCCUGACAUGCUGAUGCCAGAUUCACGAAUGUCGAUGAAGACACAGCGCUACCUCCCUGAGGACGCAGCCCACUCUGACAUCUCCGACUGUUCCAGUAGAGCAGCCUCCUACAAGGACCCAGAAAACAACAAGCACCUGAAGCCCAAGGACAACUUAAAAAAAAGACCGAUGACGUCAAAAUACCCAAGGGACUGCAGUGAGGUAGAGCUGUCCUACUUAAAGACUAAGCAGGUCACCGGUGGAACCAACCAAACUGGGAGAGGAGGAGGAGGAGAGAAAAUUUACACUAUUGACUCAGAACGAGAGCUGAGCCUGCACUCAGACCCCAUUCACUAUCGUGAGAGUCGUGGCCUCGCUGCAGACGAUUUGGAUUAUCCCGAGAUCUACUCCGACCACAGUGACAACUAUAGGAAGUGUGAGCAGCCCAUCAUUCAUCUGAACUCCUCGCCUUUGCAUCAUACCGAUUCAGAUCUUCUACCAGACCCAACUUACUCUAAACACUACACCAUGAAAGAGAAAAACAUUGUCCUGUCCCCACAUGAAUCCAUCGACCGCUAUAAACAGACACACUGUCGUUCCUGCUUGUCAAAAGUGAGUGCUAGCUACCCACCGGGAGCGCCAUACACUCCUGCUGUACCUGCUGCAGCUUCUGCCACACGCUCACCCUAUAAUCGGUGUGAAGCAUGCCUCCACACAGCCAACCUGUAUGACAUUAGUGAGGACCAGCUCCUUGCAGACCCCUUGGUCAGUCCCACCAGGCACCACCAACAGCAGCAGCAACCAGAUGAAAUGUUUGGUCUGUACUGGCCACAGACAGAUGGGCCACAUGUUCAAAAGAGAAACCGCUUGAGGCUGAGUCGUCAGCACUCCUUUGACAACAUCAUGCUUGAAAAGCCCAAGGAUGUAGACCUGGGCCGACCGGCACGCAGCGUCAGCCUCAAGGAGAAGGAUCGCUUCUUGGACUCCACAUCUGACUCGCACUAUGCGAACCUCUUCGGCAUGCGUCCCUACUCCGGCAGACUGUUUGGCACCGGGUCCAAAUCAAUGCUGUUUAACCACAACCUGGAGGAGAGCAAGAGGAGCAAGUCCCUGUACCCGGCCCAUGGCUCGGAAAACCCUUUCCUCAGCCACUCGCUGAGGGAUGACACCAGCAGCAGACUGGUCCAUGGGCGUAGCUCCUCUGAUAUUUACAAUCAGCUGGCGGUGGCCUCACCUGCAGCGGCUGUCGGAGCGCCCCCCAUCAAAACACGCAACGAUGCGAACAAUCUCCGCUCUUCCGUUAAAUCCACCACUUCAUACUGCUCACGGGAUGGGCGGAUAGCCAAUGACAUGUACAAUAAAGAGCAUGUGAUGCCUUACUCAGCCAAUAAGACUAGUGCAUACCCGGCCCCACGUGGCGUCCUAAACUCAGCCCAGUUCAGCAAUAGACGGGUGUAUAAAAAAAUCCCCAGUCUGGAGUCAGAUGUUUAGUUGACAUAAGAAAUGAUGUGUUCUCUCCUCCUUACUGCUCUCUGGGUUUGUAUUAUAAUUUAUCAACUAUGUUAUCCACCAAGGGAUGCCAUAGCCACACUACGUUUUUCUUCUUCUCUUCGACAUUGUAAUCCAAAAGAACUCGUGCCCACUUGGGUACGACGGUACUACUACUACUACUACUACUACUCUCUUUGCAGAUGAUAUCAUAAUUUUUGUCCAUUCUCUGCCAUGUACCAAUGAGUUGGCUGCAUGGCUGGCACGCUGCCAUAAGGUAUCCUGGUAUAAAGGGGAGGGGAAUCAUUAGCCCCAUAGGUUUUAAAAAGGUUUAGGAAAUGGCAUAGUCCCAUGAUUGGGACAGAGAAGGCCUAAUUUACAGUAAAGGAGGACUCCUACAGAGGUUGUUUGUAAGGAGGCAUUUGAUUUGUGAUUAAAAUGUGUGAGAAAGUGGUGAGGAGGAUGGGAGAAAGUAUAUGAGAGGGGAAUUAGAGGGAGAGAGAGAGAGGGGUUAACCCCUACUCCUUCCCCCCUUUUUCCUUUUCACCUCCACUGUCAAGCUUGCAGCUUGCUAGUUGAGGAGAAGAGGCCUGACAGAGAGACCAGAUGGGCACGUUUGAUGUCAUGGCCAGACAUGGAGGCGUCCCAGGAGGGCAGGGGCAUCACAGUGAGCUAGUCCAACGGUCUGCUGCUUGUUACUCUGACAAAUAUGGCCACUGAGGCACCUGGCAGUGCAAGAGGAGAGGGAGGGAGAAAGGAGAUGAGCGGCUAAAUGGCACAAAGUGGAGCCUCCAGUUGUUUGUGGCAGUAAGGUAUCGGUGUGCUUGGUCAGAGUUUGGUUUUAUGUGUUAAGCCCAUGCUAAGGGACAUGAUAGUGAUGAGAAGCUGAGAGUAAUGUAGGUGCUAUCAAUGAAUAAUGUUUACAGACUGACAGAUAAAAAAGACAAACUGACAAAAUCUCUGAUAGAAAAUGACACACAAGCAGGGAAACCUGAGGCAAUUGGUGGGCAUUUCAUUUAUGGCUCUGCACAUAGAAAAAUAAUUGCAAAGUAUUGCUUUUUUAUUCUAUUAAACUAUAAGAUUUAUUAGGGAUUCUGGCAUCCGGAUCCCCCUAUGUAGGAUUUUAGUGUUUGCUUAUUUGGUAGCACAAUAGCCAUUAGUUUUAAAACCUCUCUCCCACAUUUGCUUUUGAAAAAACAUAGCUUUCUGAAAAAUACCAUCAAGAGUAGUAGUUUAUUUUGCAUGUGUUGAUUUUUUUCUGUGUCGGAGAUGACAAAAUACACACAAAUACACUCUUAGACACAUAUUUUACAUGUUUUUGAAAAGGGACUGUCUUGCCAGGGAUGGUGGAUGGAUACUUGUACAAUCGAAACCUUUAUCCUGACCUUUGUGCUUAGUAAAUCAGUGUCAUGCUGUGGCUCCUGCUGCAAAAGAGCAAGACAAUGGUGGAAGGGAAGAGAGCAAAGAGGAUAUAAACAAGGGAGAAAAGGAUGAAAUGACAACUGUGUCCAUGAAAACCUUAUCUGAGUUGGGGAGGGAGUGGGCGCCGAUGUGUUUUUGUCUUUUGACCUCCCAGAGAAACAGGGUAUUACCUAUUAAAAAAAAAAUACAUUGACGAUUCCUUCCUUCUUUCCUCCUUCCUUCUUCCCUUCCUUAAACAACAUGACACAUCACUAGAGUGAAUGACUAUAGAACUACUUCACUUUAUUUCUUUUGGCUUUUGUAAAAUUGAACUUUGAUUGGGUUUGUUUGGUUGGUUACUUUUGGUUGGAUAGCAGAGCUAUACGGUAUCUAACCACUACAGUCAACGGGAUUGGUUUAACAAUUAUUGAUAAUCAAUUACCGUUGGUCCGGAGUCAACCAAGCUCUUGAGAAUCUGAAGAUUACUUGAGAUAGAUCCCUUGUUUACCUUCAUAGCGUUGUUUGGACUGGGCAAGAUGGAGGAGGAUGGAGCCGAGGAGGCUCCACUGUUAUGUGCUCAUCAAUCAUGUAUCCAUCUUCGUGUGGAGUAAGUUGUGUCUCUGCAUGGCAGAACUCGGGUAAGCUUGAAGUCUUAACCAGAACAUUUGGUUCCUAAACUGAUUGUUUAUGUAUUUGUUUGUUUGUUCUUUUUCAUAACACUUAGCAGUAAAGACUUGCACAUGCACAUUCUUCCAUGUACACGUGUGCCCACAAAAAAAACCUGCUUUUUUUUAUAGUAUUAUGCUGUACAAAUAGUACAGUCAAAAGAAAACCAUGUAACCAUCUUAACUGACUUGAUUGAUUUGCUUGAUUGAUUGGAUUCACAAAGCCAAAUUGUAUCAAAUAAAAUACCUCAGGAUGAUUCUGUGCAUUUUGGGGGGAGCUUCAACCGUAGCAACAGAACAGUAUGCGGCGCAGAUUUUUUUGUAGAAAAAGAAAUUAUAAAAAAAAAAAAAAAAAAAAAAGAUUAAGAAAAACAACUGAUUUGUAACGGCCGCAAAGCAGAAUCAAACUUUUCUCCUUUUGAUGUUUACCAGUCCUAGGUCUUCCAGUUCGGCUCUUUGCCCGGGCUCAUGCAACCCAAGUAAAGUGAGAAGAGGAAGUGAAGAAGGGAUGGCAGUAGGGGGAUUUAGGUGGUUUUUGCUCAGUGAGGGGUGGGUUGCGUGCAGCUUCACUCCUGAGCGCCCUCAACAGAAUGGGGGAUGUUACUUGAACGUCCAAAUCCUGAAAAGCUACCCUUAUAUGGAAUAAUCAAGCAGGAAUCUCUUUUCUCUCAAUGGUUUUUAACGGCAGUCGACUGCAUUCGCCACUGUGUUUCAAUUGAAGCUCCAUGUUUAACAGCCGCGGUCAUAACGCCCUUUUUGUAUUCUUGGAAUACUGCAGUGAACCUCUCCUCUCCUAAUCAAUCAGCUUACCCGAUGUUGACUGACGAGCAACAUUUGUCUUUCUUUGCAUCUUAUCUGCAUAUUUAUUAUUAUGAUCAUAUUUAUCUCCACAUGCUGCUUGUGUGAGCUGACCAGUGAACAAUAUGCACAUGUAAAAAAUAUCAAACGGCACCCUCGCGUUUUAUGAACUCAUGAUGAUUUGUUCGAUUUGUUCUACUUUUACAGAACUGUCAUGUAAACUGAUGCUGUUUUAUGUUCAAACACACACUCACUCACACACACACACACAUGCACUCACACACACAUACAUACAUACACACACACACACUCACUCUCUCUCUCUCUCUCUCUCUCAGACACACCCUUGUGAUGACAACCCUGCUCUUUUUAAUGACAAAAAUGUAUUUUAAUUACAUUUAAUGAUAAAUAAUGAGGUGAUGGCAUGCAACCCAAGAUGUAACAAUUUUAAUGUUUUAUGUUUCUUUUUUCUGUUUCUUUUUUUUUUUGUUAUGAUGUUAUGAUCACUAAUGCGUUGUAACCAGGUGUGAGUAUAUACAUAUUUGAGAGAAAAAAAAUGAUCUAUGUUUAACACAAUGAAGAUGCUGCUGCUGUUUUGGGGGAGAAGACGAGGACCUGACCCUAGCGCAACUUCCUCAUUGGAUGACCGGUCUUUUAUCAGGCCACGGUUUUGCUCAAUGGGGUGGCGGGUCAGGGGUCAGGGCUUGGUUUGGUACGGCAGGACAUCCUUGCUCUUCCUCCAAUGGCAGGUGAGAAUUACUGUAUCACCAGCUCUGCUUCUCUCUUCCCUCUCCUUCAUGUGUAGUCAGGACUUCAACUGUAAAGAAGAUAAAAGAAAAAAAAAGCAACCCUCUACUUUGAGUCUGCUAUCCCUCCAAAGAUACGAGACCUUUUUCUUUAUGGUUUGCUGUAAGAAUAGAGCUUUUUUUUUUUUAAACUAAUACUUCCUCAAAGACUUUUAAGGAACUAUUUUGAAUAUAUUUAGAAAUGACACCUGUAUACAUCGCUUGUAAAUUCAUACUGGAAUACAUCAUCAUGGAGAAUUAUAAAUGAUAAAGAGUAAAAACAAUAUUUUUUGUGUGAAUUUCACAGGAGCUCUUCUGUACAGUGGCACUGUUUCUCUCUCUCUCUUUCUCUCUCUCUUUCUCUUUCUCUCUUUCUCUCUUUCUCUCUUUCUCUCUCUCCCUCUCUCUGUAGAGCGACUAGAAUAAAACUUCACCAUUCACAAC